GUGCGUGAACUCAAAGUAAAUGACUGACAUGCGGGUCGAGAGGUACCCACCCAUUGAAUGCAGGAUGUGUCGUGCCAAGUGACGGUCGUCAUCGCCGAGAACAUUUUCGGGAGUAGGUGAAAAGAGUGUGCGAUGCAACAAGGAUUACAUAGACGACGAGGGCGACACUCUCCGUAAAAAAGAUAUCAUAGGUUGUACCGUCCUGUGCAACUAUAUAUCCAUCCACCCACCCACCCACACAAAGUCGCGCGCGCAAACGCCAGACACAUAGAGAGAGUUUGGGCUGGCGCCCGCACGCCCGUCCUCGUGUGUCUCUUCUCGACGUGGGUGUGGAGAUAUUAUACAUCAUCCGUUCCAUAUCCAUCCACAUUACCUACUUAUCCAACAUUCGAGACUUUGCCCUACCUCGCGGGUGUACACACUAUUACGUGGACAGUAAGUACUCAUCUCGCUGGAGAGGACACGGGGUCCGGGAAAGACGCCGAAGGUUGAGAGCCGCUGAGACCGCGGCAGAGUCACAGUCCGUGCCUCGGCAGUGAUGCUAUAGGAGAUCCCUCACUCCCCCUCCCUCCUACUCUUCAUCCGAUAGCUCUAUACCUAGGCGUAGGCCGCGAGAAGCAUCGGAGCAGCUUCCGCUCUGGCCACGUACCUCUAAAAAUAACGAUCAUACAACAAGUGUAUAUCGUAGUAAAGUGUACGGCUGACAUUAGUUGGGGAUAAACGGUGACGCGCCGCGAGAGCGCGAUGUCCGGGCUGCCGAGCCCUAGGCCCAGCCUCGUCAGCUCGCGACCCCCAGGCGGGGGAAGGAAAGCUUAGCACAUCUCUCUGGUAAUCGUCGGUGCGGUGGUGAAGUUCGCGCAGUUUCGCACAAGUACACACAUUAAAGUGCACAUAGGCGGCAGGAAGCCAGACUUCCGCCGGCCGGGGGCCCACAAGGCCCGUGGGUCACCUAUACACCAGAAUACUUGUAACACUGCAGCAACAACGACAUCAACCUCAGCGAACCGAGGAGAGUAGAAGGAAGAAAAAGAAGAGGCGCGGAGGAGGUGAGCUCCUUGCGUCGCGGCGAAAGGGGCGUGGAUGCGAAGGAGCCGCUAAGCUCGCGCGCGUGAGCCACACGACUCGAAACGAGUUGCAUUGCGGCCUGUGUAUAGCGGCGGCGGCUUCCUAAUCGUCGUCGUCGUCGUUCAAUCUGGCAUGUGAACCGGUCAAGCUGGACCCCGUCGGGAUAUCAAAGCGGCCUUUACUCCGAGUGUCAACUUGAGAGGGCUGGGAAAAGUGCUCGUCUUCGAGUCGAGCCUGCGGAAAAAGCUUAUAGCCAAGGUAUUGUCUAAUGUAAGGAAUAAAAAGAAACGUCAUUGGCAUGUCAAACAAUCAGUUAGUUGAUUCUUGUCUGCUGGUGAAUCGGCGGAUCGAGCAGAGGCAGGAGCACAACAUAACUCGUACUGAAAUCACUCAAAGGCGUGUUCUUCAAGAAAAGGGUCCAGAAAUGCCUCAAUACACGGGACAAGGCGAAAGCGAUUACCAUGGGAGCAAUGGUCAAGCAGACACACAUUCUUUACAUUCCUCUCAUUUGUCAGUUCAAGACGACCCUUUACUCAUACGAACGCAUAAGCAGCAAACAUCUCAACAAGUAACGACAGUGACGAAAGUCGUUCGAGAAGUUUCACACAUGGAGCCUGAUCCAGGAGCUGUGAAUUACGUGUCAAUGCCACUUAUGUCACAGGAUUAUCAGCAUCCAGACCCGCGCUAUGCAGCAGACCCGUACAUGGUCAACUUUGACCACUACGACCACUACAUGGGCUAUCCACCGCAGCCUGGAUAUCCGGGUCCGCACGGUAUCUACAUGCCUCGUCCACACUCUCCUUACAGUCCUCACAGUCCCUCUGAACGUAGUCGCGCUUCUCCGCCUCAUGAUCAAAUUAGCAACUCGUGGAACAUGGACGAUGCGGGAGAGCCGUCUCAGCACCCACACGAUGAUGGCAAAGUGGCGUACGGCUUCGUGUCGCCGUCUCCAUACGGGCCAGUGGGCUACGGGCCAUCCGUGGGUGGCGUCGGUGGAGUUGGAGCACUUGGGGUGGCCGGUGGCGAGGUUCCAGGCUACGAGGACGGCGUCGUCGCCCACAUGGCAGCUCUUGGGGGCGUCGGUGGCCCCGGCGGGCCACUCUACGAGGACGAAGUGCAGCAGCUGCAACAGCGCCUCCAAGCGCGUCACGGCCUCGUCCCGGGCAUGGUCAGUCCACUCGACGAUGAACACAAGUCGAUGCGCUGGCGCGACCCCAAUCUGUCCGAGGUGAUCGGCUUUCUCAGCAACCCCAGCAACGUCAUCAAGGCGAACGCCGCAGCCUACCUGCAGCACCUCUGCUACAUGGACGAUCCAAAUAAGCAGAAAACGCGCAGUCUUGGUGGCAUUCCGCCCCUCGUUCAGCUACUUGACUCUGAAAGCCCAGACGUGUACCGAAACGCCUGCGGCGCUCUGCGCAAUCUCUCCUACGGUCGCCAGAACGACGAGAACAAGCGCGCCAUCAAGAAUGCCGGGGGUGUGCCUGCCCUUAUUAACUUAUUGCGCAGGACCUCGGAUGCGGACGUCAAGGAGCUGGUUACUGGCGUCCUUUGGAAUCUCUCCUCUUGCGAGGAUCUCAAAAAGUCCAUCAUCGACGAUGGCGUAACGAUGGUGGUAAACAACAUAAUAAUACCGCACAGCGGGUGGGAGCCGAGCUCGGCAAGUGGCGAGACUUGCUGGUCGACAGUUUUUCGCAAUGCCUCGGGCGUCUUGCGGAACGUCUCGAGUGCUGGCGAGUACGCGCGAAAGAAACUGCGCGAGUGCGAAGGCCUCGUGGAUGCCCUGCUGUACGUUGUGCGCUCGGCCAUUGAGAAAUCCAAUAUUGGCAAUAAAAUCGUCGAAAACUGCGUUUGCAUACUAAGGAAUCUCAGCUAUCGUUGCCAGGAAGUCGAGGAUCCCAACUACGAUCGACACCCUAUUCAAUCUGGCGUUCAGAACAGGGUGGCAGCGCCAACUAAAGCAUACAGUCUAUGUCAAGUCCUGAAUGGUUUUACCCUAGGCGAAAAUUUGGGAUGCUUCGGCGGUAGUAAAAAGAAGAAAGAUGGCCAAUCUGUACAAAAGGAAACCGGAAGUAUGACCAGGACAACGAGUCCUCGAACAGAACCUGUCAAGGGAAUGGAAUUAUUGUGGCAGCCAGAGGUCGUUCAAUUGUACUUAAGCCUUUUGCACAACUGCUCGAACCCAGAAACCCUCGAAGCUGCAGCAGGAGCCUUGCAAAAUCUAGCGGCCUGCUACUGGCAGCCGAGCAUUGAAAUUCGAGCUGCCGUGAGAAAAGAAAAGGGACUUCCCAUCUUAGUCGAACUUUUGAGAAUGGAGGUGGACAGAGUCGUGUGUGCAGUAGCUACAGCUCUUCGAAAUUUAGCCAUAGACCAGCGCAACAAGGAACUCAUAGGAAAAUAUGCGAUGAGAGAUCUGAUUCAAAAGUUGCCGUCGGGUAAUAAUCAGCACGAUCAAGGAACGAGUGACGACACGAUCGCAGCUGUUCUAGCAACUUUGAAUGAGGUGAUCAAGAAAAAUGCCGAAUUUUCGCGUUCCCUUCUGGACGCUGGUGGUGUUGAGAGGCUCAUGAACAUUACCAGACAGCGUCAGAAGUACACACCGAGGGUCCUUAAAUUUGCAGGUCAAGUCUUAUUCACAAUGUGGCAGCACCAAGAGUUGCGUGACGUUUAUAAAAAGCAUGGCUGGAAAGAACAAGAUUUUGUAACUAAAACAGUGGCAGCUAGGAACUCUGGCCCCAAUUCACCAAAUAAUGCAAACAGCACACUAAACCGGCCAAUGGCGAGUCAAGGUAGUACGCGAUACGAGGACAGGACGAUUCAAAGAGGCGGCACUCUCAACUCUAACAACGUCGGACGAGCCAACAUAUAUCAAUCGCAAAACGAGGAGAUCGCUAUGUCGGAUAUGCCGUAUCCAAAACAAGGAAGUCACGCAGUACCUGCUGGGGGCGUAUGCGUGUUUCCUACAAAUCCAGUAAGUCAUUAGACUGUAAAAAAAAAAAAAAAAAAGAAAAAAAAAAAAUGUGGAGCCCCGGUAGUUGAAUUAAAUUCACGUGAAAUGAACAAUGAUUAAUCAUGCGCAUAAUUUCGAACCUUUUUGUUACAUACAAGAAAAAAAAAUUUAACUUCUGAAUAUCUACAAUAAUACAGUAUUAUUUACACUGUUUUUGAAACUUUACAGAAUUUUUAUAACACGAUUUUUAGUUUUAUGUAAUACUAUUAUUCGUUUUUUAAGACCUUGACCUUGAUAUUGUUGAAUAACUCACUUUUUUCAUUUGUACUGCGAAAGUAUAGAUUUCUACACCAUGAAUUGUAAUACUCAGUUGUACGUAUGCAUACACAAAAUAUCAAGGUGAGUUUAAACAUAUGAAUAUUGAUAUAUCAUGCAUGGCAUGAAAAAGUGUCAUAGAUACAUUACUUUGAUAAUUUUACAUAAUGAAAUUUCAUGCACAGUAAA